AUGACGGGCCAGAUCUCAUCGUUGCAACAGUCUCCCUCCUCGGAUCAAUCUGGGAACGGACUGAUCAAGAUGGUCGGGUUGGUGUUCGUUUGCUUCGUCUGGACGACGCUGGCUACUCGAAUCAGUGCACAGCUGCAGUACUUCAUCAUUACGCCCAACGUCAUCCGAGUGGACGUCGAUGAAUCCAUUCUUGUAAAUCUUCAAGGCGUUCCUCAACAUGAAGUCAUACCGGUGACUUUGUACUUCCAACUGACCGGAUCAAAUGAUCGACUGUCGGAGACAACAGUCAACGUCACUGGUGAUCCAGCUUUGAUGCAUAGAGCCAUAAUGCGGAUUGACCGUGCGCAACUCCCCGUGCUCGAUAGUACAAGCCAUGAGUUCAUCACACUCGUCGCACAAUCCAACUUGCAAUCCCAAAAAUUUCGUUUUCAGAACAGCAAGCCGAUCCUUCUGAGUAUGAAGUCUGGAUUUGUUUUCAUUCAGACGGACAAGCCACUGUACACACCUUCACAGACUGUGAAUAUCCGCAUCGUUGUUUUGAAUCAAAAGAUGUUUCCUGACUUAAACUUGGUUCGAGUCGAAAUCAUGAGUCCAAACAAAAUCGUCGUUCACCGGAAAACGGAAAAGGCCAAUGCAGGAUUUGCCGUAGUUCAGUUUCGCUUUCCUCCGGUCCCAGUGUUUGGUAAAUGGACUGUGACUGUCUACUACGGUCACCUGUUUAAAGCGAAAACGUCCGUAGAGUUCGAAGUUAAGGAAUAUGUGUUACCAAAGUUUCAGGUUACGGUGCAAACCCGUAAGGAAUACGUUUUACCAGAAACGGAAUUUCUUCGUACAACGGUGACAGCAACGUACGUGUUCGGAGAGCGGGUGUUUGGCAAGUUUCUCUUAAAGUAUGGAGUCUUCACCGAGGAUGACAACUUUCUGAUUCUUCAAGAGACUGAAGACACACUGGGUGAUGGUGGCAUCGGCUAUGCAGACUUUAGAGUCAGUGACAUACCUGCUGAUCAGAUGGAGACGCUGAUGGGAAAGAGUCUCAUCAUCCAAGCCUUCGUUACGGAUGUAGCCAAUGGGGAGACCAUCAACACAAACCAUACUAGGGUUGCAUUCACCAGGACCCCGUACAGAUUCAACUGGGACAACACUCGUAGAUACUUCAAGAAAGGAUUGCCGUUUCCUGUCAAGGCCGUUCUCCAGUACAUGAAUGGACUUCCUGCUAGCAAUGUCCCCGUUACCAUCCACCGGAUGGGCGAGGGCGAUCAACACCUCUCAGACGAAGACCAAAAUGGUGACACUCGUAACUCUGGACCCAAUGGCGAGAUUUAUUUUAGGCUUGAUAUGCCUAGGGAGGCAGCAGAAGUCGAACUUCGAGUUGGUUUGAAACCCAGUCCCUAUUCAAGUAAAACUAAAACACAAAGGAAACUGCUAUUUGGCUCGAAUGUGGAAUUUCACAACUUGAAAUGUUCACCAGGGUUGUUGUUUGAUUCCUAUAAUAUACAGUUGGAGACGGCAGAUCGUGAACUGAAUGAGGAAUCUAACGCUGAAGGUAAUUUUACUCUGCUAUCAGAACAUCCCGUGGGAGGUGAAUUCCUGCUGAUUAGAAUUCCGAUGGUAGGAUUUGAACAGAUCCAACAGAUUGACAGCAACAGUCCGACUGAGGUGCUACUUUCUCAACCCAAAAAUGUAGCACUCCACUUCUUUGUGAUAUCUAGAGGGAAGAUUGUUUAUGAAACCAAGAGGCAGAUUCAGAACGCCAACACAGCCUUUCCAUUUAGAAUCACCACCAAUAUGGCGCCAAUCUCUCGCGUUGUCGCUUACUACAUCAACGUAGAUGGUAAAGUUAUUGCCGAUGCAUUACUCUUGCGAGUUCAGGAGAAAUGUGAAAAUCCGGUUACUGUUGGCUUUGCAGCACUUCCACGGGAGGACGGCAGCAACGUUUAUAAGUCAGAUUUUAAGGAGAAAAGUAUUACGAUAAACGUCACCGCCAUGCCGGAUACACACGUUGGUCUGCUUGCUGUGGAUGAGGCUGUAUUUGCCCUCCUCAAAUAUCACAGACUCACUCAGAAAAAGGUGUUUGAGAGAAUGGCUGGAUAUGAUCUAGGCUGUGGGCCUGGAGGUGGACAGACUUCAGCCAAUAUCUUUAAGGAUGCCGGAGUCACUGUGAUGACCAAUGCUGCUCUGAAUGUACCACACAGGGAAGAAAUUGAGUGUCCUCAAGCUGUACAGAGAGCCAAGAGGUCGGUGUCAGAAGAGGAGCCUAACAGUAUUUUGGAUGAUUAUGAAGGAGAAAACAGGACAUACUGUGCGAUGGGCUUGAGAGAUGUGACGGACCCUAAGACCUUCCCGUGCAUCCGACGGGCCAAACUUCUCUCCAGACGGGAGGGGCUGCCGUUGGACAGCCACCUGGUUGAAGCGUUUUAUGACUGCUGUAAGAGUAAAGCAACGGCGAACCAAGGGAGGAGUGAUGCAGAUAAGGCUUUGAAUAUAUUGGUCAAUGAGCAAAACGCUAUGAUACGAUCAGACUUUCCUGAAAGCUGGAUGUUCUUCAACAUCACGACUGGGGAAGACGGUUCUAAAUUUCAAACUGUAUCUCUGCGCCAUAGUGUAACUACUUGGGUAGUGGAAGCCAUUGGUGUAUCCAACCAGUACUUAAUGUGCGUCGCUGAACCUGCCAAACUGCGAGUUCGACCGCUCUUCUUCUUAGAUUUAGCUUUGCCAUACUCGGUCAAACGGUUGGAGCAAAUUGAGAUUAUCGUGACGGUGUUCAACUACGCUGAAGAAGAACUCCCUGUAACAGUCCACCUAAAAGGAGCAGAAGGUUUGUGUUCCGAAGCUCAACCAGGCGAACUGUCCGAAGGGAAAACAAUAAACGUACUCCCCAACGAACCUGGUGCCGUGAAGUUUGUCAUAAUUCCCCUGGAGGCAAAGCGAAUCCCGAUAGAGGUGCACGCUUCCAGCAACCUGGAGGGCAAAGACAAUCACAACGAUGCCAUCGAAAAGUUCCUAAAUGUUUACCAAGAGGGUUACAUACAGCGAGACACUGAGACAAUAAUGGUGGAUCCAGUCAACUCCCGAGCCCUGGCAGGAAACCGUCGAGGGGGAGAAGAUCAGUCUUUUCAGCAUGACCAGUUCUGGGGUGAAGAUGGUGAAAACAGCCAGAUCGAUGUCAUACGAUACAACCUGAAUGGAGAUGCCAUCCCUGGUACCCAUAAAGUCCAUAUCAGUCUCAUGGGGAACACCAUGGGCAAUGUUAUAGAAACCGUCCUUGGAGGAAUAGAACGACUUCUUCGCAUCCCAGGUGGGUGUGGUGAGCAGACCAUGACUAGACUGGCACCUAACGUCUAUGUCUACAGAUAUCUCAAGUUUAGUGAUCAGUACACUGCUUACCUGGAAGAGUCUGCUAAGAAGUACAUUGAAAAUGGAGUGAUACAUGAGCUGAAAUACCGACAUGAUGAUGGGUCAUUUUCUGCUUAUCCAUCACGUCCGGGUAGUACUUGGUUGACUGCCUUUGUGGCCAAAGUCUUUUGUCAGGCAAGAGAGUUUGCUUACAUCGAUGAUAGUAUAACUUGUCAACCUUUGGAAUGGCUGACGACAACGACACAAAACGAGGACGGUUCGUUUAGAGAGGUUUCAGUUGUGUCUAACAAAGGAAUGAUUGGCAGUGUUCAAGGAAGUGUUUCAAUGACAGCGUUUGUGCUGAUUUCUCUCCUGGAGUGUGAGUGUGCUACAGUGGAUACGAGCAACUCUGUUGCUUUAGCUACAGCCUUCUUAGAGGGUCAACUGCUACAAUUGACGAGACCUUUUGCCAUCGCCAUCACUGCAUACGCCCUCGCUCUGGCCAAUAGCGACCUAGCCGAUGAGGCUCUCACAAUGCUCAAAGCAAUUGCUACGUAUGAAGAAGAAUCAAAACAUCGCUAUUGGGCAUUGGACGUCUUGUCAUAUGGCGCUGGUCCAAAACCAUAUUUUUUCAGCAGCAGACCCAAAGCAAUCGAGGUGGAGACAACAAGCUAUGCACUGCUGGCCUUUCUUGAGGUGGAUGACUUGUCAUACAGCCAUGACAUCGUUAGAUGGCUAACAAACCAGGAAAACUAUCAAGGUGGAUUCGUGUCUACUCAGGAUACAGUUAUAGCCUUGCAGGCACUGUCUGCGUAUUCAAUCAAGUCGGACACGAACGUCAUCGAUAUCGACUGUCAAGUCAGUUGUCAGGAGGCUGGGUUCGAAAAUGAGUUCCUGCUGAAACCCGACAAUGCAAUCCUCAGGCAGUUUGCUGAAAUUAGGGGUCCAGAAGAUCAACCGGAGUUCCAAGUGUCUUUUGAAUCUGCAGGCACAGGCAUGGGUCAGUUGAAAUUUGAGUCCAGCUUUAACAUCCCGGAGCCGAAUGUGCAAAUCUGCGACUUUGUGCUCAACAUCAACCAAGAAGCCAUUGAAGUGGAUGAGAACAAUCAGCGUAUCCGGUAUACUAUUGACCUGAGUUAUAUAAAAGGCGAGGCGACAGGAAUGGCAAUUCUUGAAGUGGGUUUAUACACAUGAUAUAAAGCUGUGGCGGAAGAUCUGGACGAGGUCAAACGCAACAGCGGUGACAACAUCCAUCUCAUUGAAGAAACUGAUCUAUCAGUCGUCUUUUACCUGGAUGAAAUCAGAAGAGACCGAGUUGACGAGAUCACCUUCAAAGCCGAACGGAAACUCAAGGUCGGCAAACUUCAGCCUGUGUUAGUGAAGGUGUUUGAUUACUAUAACCCUACCGUUGAAUGCAGUAAAUUCAUCCAUCCUGACGAAGGUGGGGCUCAGUUGAGUACAUUGUGUGUCGGAAACACGUGUUCAUGUGCAGCAGGCAAAUGUUCCCCGGGUAUCAUUGUGGACCAUAAAGCCGUUGAAGUUGCGGAUUUGAAGUUAAAGGCUUGCACCACUGCAUCCCAUUUUGCCUUUGAAGCAGAAGUUGUGUCAGCUAAAAGAAGAGGGUCUUUCCAGUCCAUCAGCAUGACCAUAGUGAUGCCUGUUAAACCAGGUCUAGAUCUUGUGGCUGUAAAUCAGAAUCGAACUUUCUUGAAGAGUGUGAGUUGUGACGAGCCACAGCUAAGGAAUAGACGCUACCUGGUAAUCGGUACGGGUGGAAUACCAUUCAAAAACGACAUGGGAAUGGCCAGCUACAAGUACCUCAUUGAUGAGAAGAUGUCCUUCUACGAGUGGCCAAUAGAGGGUGGCGGUAGAGAUCUCACAAAAAAUAAAUGGAAGAACCUCAAGCGCAAACUAGAUCAGUUGAAAAGACAGCUGGUUUAUGGGAGUGGAUGCCCGCAUUAAUCAAAUACUUAGUGAAGUCCUCUACUUAAAGGAUCAAGACUAAGAUGGUAUUGCACUCUCUUAAACGAGAGUAUUAUACACAUGUUUAUGAUCAUUUACACAAGAGAAGGGAGCCAUUUCUAGUUCUUUUUGUUUUGUUUUGUUUUGCUGACAUACCUAUCAUUAAGCGUUGAUAAGGAAUUAUAUAACUUCCUUUCUAUACACUAUUUUGACUGCUUUGAUACGAUUGAGCGUGGAUAAGAAUUUAGAUAAUUUCUUGUUUACUCUAUGCUGAUGUAGUCUAUUUUGCUUGACGGUUAAUACACUGGACAUUUUCGGUAAUGAUAAUUAUGACUAGGCUUCAUAGUUGUUCUUGUUAAACAUAAUGCAUACAAUAACAAACCUGUGAAAAUUUGAGCUCAAUCGGUUGUCGAAGUUGCGAGAUAUUAAUGAAAGAAAAAAACACCCUUGUCGCACCAUGGUCACACGAAACUGUGUGUGCUUUCAGAUGCUUGGUUUCGUGACCUUAUAUUAUAAACCUUAGGUCUCCAAAUCAAAUUCGUGGAAAAUUAUUUCUUUCUCGAAACUAUGUCACUUCAGAUUAAUUACUCAACUUUAUACCCCAUAUAUCGUAACCAAGAAAGUUGUUAUGGUGAUAAUAUGUUGAGUAUUUACCAAUCGUGUCCACUACCUUUAAAACAUGCAGAUAAU